AUGAAUGAUGAAGACUACAGCACCAUCUAUGACACAAUCCAAAAAGAGGGGACAUGUGAGGUCCCAGACCAGCCAGGAGAAAAUGAAGGUCCCCUUUAUGAUGCCAUCCGCAAAGACUUGAAGCCAGAAAACAAUUUAUAUGCCACCCAGCUGGAAACCCAUCAGUAUGCUUCUGUAUCGGUCUGCGUCGUUGGGAGUGAGGAGAACAGCCUAGCUUCUUCCCAGCCAGAAGCAGAGGGCUACCUCCUGCCUGAUGAGGUGCAGCCUGAGGCCCAGGAUCCUCAGCCAGAUGAACCCCAAGAGGACAGAGACAACUCGAUGGAAGAAUUACAUUCAUCAGGCCAGGCUCAGGAGCCCCGCUCAGCAGAGCCCCGCUCAGCGGAGCCCCAGGAGAAUGGAAGCAUGAUGAAGGAACACCAGCCUUCUCCUUCAAGCUUCACCAUCCAGCAUAGCAAACUCUUCUCCAUCAGCAUGGAUUCCCCAACUGGCUAUUUCAGUGCUAAUGGUUUGGAAGAAAGCGAAGUAUCUUCCAUGCACCCUGAGAUUAUCCUCUUCGUGAAGGCUGGAAGCGAUGGAGAAAGCAUUGGCAACUGUCCUUUCUCUCAGCGCCUCUUUAUGAUCCUUUGGCUAAAAGGAGUUGUGUUCAAUGUCACCACUGUGGAUCUGAAAAGGAAGCCAGCUGACCUGCACAACCUAGCUCCUGGGACCCAUCCACCUUUCCUGACCUUCAACGGUGACGUGAAGACCGAUGUCAAUAAGAUCGAGGAAUUCUUAGAGGAGACCUUGACUCCUGAAAAGUACCCUAGACUGGCUGCCAAACACCGGGAGUCCAACACAGCAGGCAUUGAUAUCUUCUCCAAGUUCUCCGCCUACAUCAAAAACACAAAGCAGCAAGACAGUGCUGCCCUGGAGAGAGGCCUGACCAAGGCACUGAAGAAACUGGAUGACUACCUGAAAACUCCUUUGCCAGAGGAGAUAGACGCCAAUACCUGUGAGGACGAUGACAAGGGGUCCCGUCGCAAGUUCCUGGAUGGGGAUGAGCUGACACUGGCCGACUGCAAUCUGUUGCCUAAGCUCCAUGUGGUCAAGACUGUAGCCAAGAAAUACCGCAACUACAAUAUCCCAGCUGAGAUGACAGGCUUGUGGCGAUACCUCAAGAAUGCCUAUGCCCGGGAUGAGUUCACCAACACCUGCGCAGCUGACAACGAGAUUGAGAUGGCCUAUGCGGACGUCGCCAAGCGCCUCAGCCAAUCCUGAGCAUGGCCAUCUUGCCCCACCACUGCUCAGAAGGAUUCAAUCUCUCCAAAGGACUCCAGCUUCGCGGCCUACUCUUCCACAUUGCCUUGGGGAAUGUUUUUUUUUUAAUCACAGCCACAUCUUGCUGACAUCAUUGGAACUCCAGCCUGGUCUCUUAUGAAGGUCAACACCAUACCCUGCCUCAUCACUCAAGAACUGGCCAGCAGAAACAGUAGAGACAGUCAACCUCUCAGCUUGCCUGCCCGAUCUGGGUUCACUGUAUUUGGGGUCAGUGUUGGAAAACCCACAUUCCCAACAAUUGUCACUGGCCUCUUCUGCAAUAUCAAAAUUUCUUCUGAGAUGAAAUAGAAAAAUACAACACUGGCUCCUUUUCCACACUCCUCCUUGUCAGUAACUCCAAAGGCCAAGGACAAAUGCCAUCUUCCUUUGUAUUAGAAAGAGUUCUGCUGCUCUGUUAAGGGAGACAGUGGAAGUGAAUGGAAGAGGACCAAGCUGGCUGUGGAUUUUGGCAUCUGGCAAACACACGUUCAGCCACUACUUUCUGACACACCUGGCAUUGGGCACGGAUGGCAAGACUGGGAAAUCACUCCAGACACUCCAUUCUCAAUUUGCUGAAGUGAUGGGCAUGUUGCAAUACUGCUGCACACAUGGCCGACACUGAUCCUGGUUUUCAUGCUGUCCAGAUCUUGCCAGGAAAGGAAAUUAGCAUGCAGUUUCAGACUGGGAUGACUGGGAAGGUGAGGGUAGGGGGGGCAGUGUCAAUGCCAAAAGGCCCACAGGGUCUACCAGCCAUGGUUUGCUUGCUUAGUGGUAGUUGUUUCAUUGGAGAUGACAUGCUUGGGUUUGACUAUGUU